UCCACAUUUCUAACAUUUGGGUUGUUGAGAAUUUCUUCUUAGAUUUAUGAGUUUUUAUUUUAUCUUAGACCAAUCUCUGAGUUACGUCUAUCGACUUAGGGAUUUUGGGGAUAUCCUGAAAUGGGUUUAGGAAUGUAGUCGCCUUUUGUAGAGUUAGAGGUUAUCUUCGGACGAUGAGAUUAGGCGGCGUCUGGUAUCGGGGAUUUUGCCUUAACAAAUCAGAAAAAAACAAGAAGGAAAGAGUAUCUCGAGGAAUUCGAUGUAUAUAAGGCCAAAAAGGGUUAAAUGUUUUCACCACUUAAUUGUACACUCAGACCAUGCCUGAGCUGAGAAAUACUUACAAAACCUGGUGUUGUUUCGGUCCCACCGCAACUAAUUAGUAGUAGGAGAGUAAGUAGUUACUAGAAAAUUUCCAAGAUUAUUAAGAGGUGAGAGGUGUCGUUCCUUGGCAUAUGAUAUCUACUACACCUGUUACUUAGAGAGGUCAAGGUGCAAAGGGCUCUCUAUUUUUACAGAAAUUCCUAGCUUGGUUCCCAAGUAGAAAUAGAGUCCCAUUAGAGUGGUAUGUUAGCUUCACCACCAAACAAACAGCCCUCUAAAUCCUAAUGUCAAGUACCCACCUUCAUGUGUGCUUACUAUUUCAUUCGGGUCGAGAUCACUGAUCAAGCCAAUAACCAACAAAAGAAUAGUCAUCCAAGUUCUUCCCAUCCCUUUAUCUUCUUCUUCAAGAAAGUCUGACUCUAAAAUGUUAUAAUUAGGGUUUUUAGAAGACCUGAGUAGUUGCUUAUUAGUUAGUGUGCUUAGUUUUCUUGAUCCAGGUUUCAAAGUAUGAUGCUCCCUGUUGUUAAGCUUGGUUCUCUUGUUUUGAGAACCAUUUGUAAGCCUAUUGCUAAUAGACUCAAAGUAGCAGCUGGUAAACACCCUAGAUUUCGUGAAUACAUCAUCAAUAUUGCCCAGACAAAUCACAGAUUUACGACAACCGUGCAAAGACGGAUUUAUGGUCAUGCAACUGAUGUGGCGAUCCGACCUUUGAAUGAAGAGAAAGCUGUUCAAGCUGCUGCAGACCUUCUUGGAGAAAUGUUCGUCUUCUCGGUUGCUGGUGCUGCUAUUAUCUUUGAGGUGCAAAGAAGUGCUAGAUCUGAAGCCAGAAAGGAAGAGUUACGCAAGCAGGAGCUCGAGGAAAUAAAGCAAAAAGAAGAAAAUUUAGAAAGAGAACUGGAGUUCAUUAAAGGGAAACUGGCAGAACUGGAGCAGCUAGCCAAGGCCCGAGGACUCUCUGGUAUUUUCAACUUCAGGAAUCCUAAUGGAAAUGAAAAUGCCAAAUCAGGGUCAGAAGUUCCUCCGAAAACUGAUGGCCAGUCAGCAACCCAUGCUCGUACAACUGAAGAUCCCAAGUCCGCAGCACCUGCUCAUUCUGCUAAAGAUGCCAAGCAAGGUGCUUCACCUGGUCAUUGAGAUACCUGUUCUGAAGAUUUGUCAAGGAUUCAGUGGCUCAUUGCAAAUACUUCCCUUUUAUACUGUUAAUCAUUGAUUUAACCAUUUCUUUUCCGCUUAGAUUUUCUAUGCAUAGGGAAAGGUUUUGAUUCUGUAGCCCAACGGAAUUUAUCAGGGGUAAUCAGAUAAAAGUUACAUUAACUAGUCCAUUUGUGACUUUAAGACUUUAUCCAAAUAACGGUAAAUAACAGAUCGAGGUCUUUUUUUCACAA